AGUAGACGGCCGGACCACCCGCUGCCAGCCACACGCUGCGGGCUGCCCGCCACCCGCCGCCCGCCGGGGCUCUCUGGCCUCGCCAUGCCGCCGUGGAGCGCCGCCCUCGCGCUCAUCUUGGCGAUGCUCGCCCUGCUCUGCCUGCUCCGCCCGCGGCUCCGGAGCCCCUGGGGGCGCACCGUCGGAGAGAAAACCCUGCCGGGGGCCCAAAACCGAGAUGACGAGGAGGAGGCAGACGGCGGAGGCCCCGCGGACCAGUUCAGCGACGGGCGCGAGCCACUGCCGGGCGGGUGUAGCCUUGUCUGCAAGCCGUCGGCGCUGGCCCAGUGCCUGCUGCGCGCCCUGCGGCGCUCGGCGGCGCUGGAGCCCGGCCCGCGCUCCUGGCUCUCCGGGCCCCACCUGCAGACCCUCUGCCACUUCGUCCUGCCCGUGGCGCCCGGGCCUGAGCUCGCCCGGGAGUACCUGCAGUUGGCGGACGAUGGGCUGGUGGCCCUGGACUGGGUGGUGGGACCUUGUGUUCGGGGCCGCCGGAUCACCAGCGCCGGGGGCCUUCCCGCGGUGCUUCUGGUGAUCCCCAAUGCCUGGGGUCGCCUCACCCGCAACGUGCUCGGCCUCUGCUUGCUCGCCCUUGAGCGCGGCUACUACCCGGUUAUCUUCCAUCGCCGCGGCCACCACGGCUGCCCGCUGGUCAGCCCCCGGCUGCAGCCCUUCGGGGACCCGUCCGACCUCAAGGAGGCGGUCACUUACAUCCGCUUCCGACACCCGGCGGCGCCGCUGUUCUUGGUGAGCGAGGGCUCGGGCUCGGCGUUGCUACUGUCCUACUUGGGCGAGUGCGGCUCCUCUAGCUACGUGACAGGCGCCGCCUGCAUCUCUCCCGUGCUGCGCUGCCGCGAGUGGUUCGAGGCCGGCCUUCCCUGGCCCUACGAGCGGGGCUUUCUGCUCCAUCAGAAGAUCGCCCUCAGCAGGUAUGCCACAGCCCUGGAGGACACCGUGGACACUAGCAGACUGUUCAGGAGCCGUUCCCUUCGAGAGUUUGAGGAGGCUCUCUUCUGCCACACCAAAAGCUUCCCCAUCAGCUGGGAUACCUACUGGGACCGCAACGACCCCCUCCGGGAUGUGGAUGAGGCGGCCGUGCCUGUGCUGUGUAUCUGCAGUGCUGACGACCCCGUAUGUGGACCUCCAGACCACACUCUGACAACUGAACUCUUUCACAGCAACCCCUACUUUUUCCUCCUGCUCAGUCACCACGGAGGCCACUGUGGCUUCCUGCGUCAGGAGCCCUUGCCAGCCUGGAGCCAUGAGGUCAUCUUGGAGUCCUUUCGGGCCUUGACUGAGUUCUUCCGAACAGAGGAGAGGAUGAAAGGGCUGAGUAGGCGCAGAGCUUCCUUUCUUGGGGGCCGCCGUCGCGGGGGAGCCUUGCAGAGGCGGGAAGCCUCUUCCUCCUCCAACCUGGAGGAGAUCUUUAGCUGGAAGCGAUCAUACACAAGGUGAGAGACCUGGCCGGAGAACCCAUAAGUCCUGCAAAGAAAAACAGCUGGGCAAGCGGGGAGUCCUGGAAAGAUGAGGCAGACUGAACGGAGGGAGCGCCAGCUCUUUUCUCCUCAUUCAGUCCUCUCCUAAACCGGUGCCUGGAAAGAGAUGGGACGUCCAGCGAACCUGCGCUCACUUCACCCUCAGUAGAACUCCCGUCUGGGCUUGCUCAACACAUCCCUACUCAUCUGGUCAUCAGUGGGGUGUUCCCGUACUGUCUCCUGUCACUGACAUCACAAGCCAAAGGACAGCACUGUUUCAGGCCAUGGACUCAGGAGAAAAUGUCCUCUUACUGGCAGUGGCUAGAGGGAUGAGGCAUUUCUGUUGUCAUAAGGCAGUGACCCCGAUUCUCCACUCGAUGUCAUUAGGACAGGAUGUGUCUCAGCCCCACUUCCCUCAUUUGCUGUGUGGUUGUGGCGCUCUGCUCUGACCGAAUGUUCAGCAAUUGCAGAAGCAGGCUCGCGUGUGUGAGAAGGGCGGCAGAGGCAGUGGGGCUUGCUCGGUGAGGGCUGAGCAGGUAGAGAAUGUGAAUGCCCAUCUCAAGGAAUGCGAAGGUCCAAUCUCUCAGAGGAGUUCUGCAAGUCUCAGCUGGGAAUGGGGCUCCAUUCUGCAAGUCUCAGCU